AAUAAAUAGAAAAUAUGGAUAUUUGUUUUAGGAAAAUCAACUAGGUCUACGUCUUCUCAACUUCUUCUGUCGUCUUCUUCCCCUGCAAUUUUUUUUCACCGGCUAGAAUCACUCACGAAAUUUUCUGUCCAUGUAAGUUUUUUUUCUAUUUAUUUAAUUAGUUUAUAUGAUUAUAUCUAUUUUAAAUGUUUGUUUGAUUCUCUUUUUAUUGCUUUCUAUCCCAAAAUUGUCUGAUGAUAUGCUUUGAGGUUGUGACUUGUGAUGUUAAUGUAGAAUAAUUUUAGACUCAUCCAAUAUUAUUAUAUAUGAUUUUGAUUUUAACGUGAAAAACUGAUUAGCUAAAUAUGAUGAAUUGUGUUUAGUUUAGUAACAUGUUAAAAGUCUUAAUGUAAUUGACUUUAUAAUAAUAUACUAUUUCUACUGAUUUGCAGAUAAAUGGAGCGAUAUUAUAACAAAACGAGUGCUUCAGAUUCUAAAAGAAAUUUGGAUAAAUUGGAUAACUCUGAUGAUUUGGAUUCUUUGCCAUGGGAUCCAGCUGAAAGAAAAAAGAUAUCGCAGUAUCUUCCGAAUCAAAAAGACGAAGUAAGGCGGAAAUAUUUAACUAGAGGUCCUUGUCAGCCCUAUGGUCAUGUUUUUCAAAAGAAGAAGUUUGGAACAACAAUGAGGCGGUUUAAUCCAGCUUGGUUUGAGAAGUAUGGUAAUUGGCUAGAGUACAGCGUCUCCAAAGAUAAAGCAUUCUGUUUGUGUUGCUAUUUGUUCAGAGAUGACAUACCAAAACAAGGUGGAAAUUAUGCUUUUGUGACUGAAGGUUUUUCUUGUUGGAAAAAACCCGAGGCUUUAUCUGAGCAUGUAGGUGGAAUUAAUAGCUUUCAUAAUAUUGCUGUUAAGAGAUGUGAUGAUUUGAUGAAUCAAGGUCAGUCAAUUGUGCAUGCUUUUUAUAAGCAAGGCGAUGUGGUGAAAAAUGAAUAUCGCAUCCGGUUAAAUGCUUCAGUUGAUGCUUCUAGGUACUUGUUACGACAAGGAUUACCUUUCCGCGGUCAUGAUGAAGGAAAAGAUUCUGCUAAUAAAGGAAACUUUGUAGAGCUUUUGAAGUAUACCGGAGAACAAAAUGACGCUGUAAGUAAGGUUAUUUUGGAGAACGCUCCAAAAAAUAAUCAGAUGGUUUCUCAAGUGAUUCAGAAAGAUAUUGUACAUUGUUUUGCUCAAGAAGUACUGAAAUCUAUCAUGGAAGAAAUCGAUCAUGGAGUGUUCGGUUUGAUGGUCGAUGAGUCUGCAGAUGUUUCUAACAAAGAGCAAAUGGCUGUUGUCUUUCGGUUUGUUGAUAAAAGUGGAUUAGUUAAAGAGAGAUUUGUGGGAGUUACUCAUGUAAAAGAAACGUCUUCUUUAUCUCUGAAAUCUGCAGUUGAUGACUUGUUUGCAAAACAUGGGUUGAGCCUAAAACAGUUGAGAGGACAAGGUUAUGAUGGAGCAAGCAAUAUGAAGGGACAGUUUAAUGGGCUGAGAGCAUUGGUUGCUAGAGAAAAUAGUUCAGCCUAUUAUGUACAUUGUUUUGCUCAUCAACUUCAGCUAGUUGUGGUGGCAGUUGCGAAAAAGAGCUUUGAAGUUAGUAAUUUUUUUGACAUGGUUUCGACUUUGCUGAAUGUGGUUGUGGCUUCUUGCAAGAGGAAAGAUACACUUCUUGAUAUGAAUCGGAAGAGGGUGGAGGAAGGGAUUGACAGUGGUGACAUUAACACUGGAACGGGACAAAAUCAAGAGAUUUCUCUUCCAAGGCCUGGAAAUACUCGUUGGGGUUCUCAUUAUAAAACUUUGCUGCGUCUGGUUGAGUUGUUUCCUUCAGUCAUUGAAAUCCUUGAAAGUGUUCAAGAUGAAGGCGCUGAUGACUCAAAAAGAUGUCAAGCAUAUGGUCUUCUCAAGUAUUUUCACACAUUCGAUUGUGUGUUCUAUUUGCAGUUGAUGCUGUUUAUUUUGGGAGUAACUGAGAAUCUGUCAAUGGCUUUGCAAAUGAAGAAUCAAGAUAUUUCAAAUGCCAUGUCACUUGUAGAUUCAACUAAACGGGAGUUGCAAAAAUUUCGAGAAGAUGGAUGGGAUUUGCUAAUCGGUAAAGUUUCAUCAUUCUGCGAAAAGAAUAAAGCUACUAUGCUUGUGAUGGAUGAAGAAUUUGUGGAUUUAAGGAGGCCAAGGAAAAAAACUGGUGUAACCAAUCUGCAUCAUUACAAGGUUAAUUGUUUCUACGCUGUUAUGGAUUUGCAACUUCAAGAGCUUAAUGAUCGAUUUACUGAGGUAAACACUGAUUUGCUUAUUUGCAUGGCUUCUUUAAGUCCUGCCAAUUCCUUCCGUGAGUUUGAUAAGUCUAAGCUUUUGAGAUUGGUUAAGUUCUAUCCUGAUGAUUUUAGUUUUGGAGAGUGUCUAUCUAUGGAACACCAUCUUGGAAUCUACAUUGAUAAUAUAAAAAACGAUGAACGGUUUAAGAAUUUGAAGAAUCUUGGAGAUCUUUCUCGUCUGAUGGUGGAAACAAAAAAGCACCUUGUACAUCCUUUAGUUUAUAGGCUCUUGAAGUUGGUUUUAACAUUGCCUGUUGCUACUGCAAGUGUUGAAAGGUGCUUUUCUGCAAUGAAAUUAGUGAAGACAGCUACACGCAACCGAAUUGGAGACGAGUUUCUAAGUGAUUGUUUAGUAUGUUAUAUUGAAAAGGAGUUGUUUGAAUCUGUUACAAACGAAACAGUGGUGAAGCGAUUUCAAUCCAUGAGAGAGCGUAGGAUCCAUUUGUAAUGAUUUGUACGGUUUUAUGACAAUGGUUUUUAUAUUU